ACACUCGGUGGCCUUUGAAUCCAGAGGUGCGCCUGAUGGUGGAAGAAGUCUGAAGUGAGCAAAUUCAAGGAUCCCCGAUGUUUCAACUUUGGACGAGAUUGAAGAAGCUUUGCCAUAAGCUCUUUCAAUGGAGUCGGGCAGGAACUUCCAAUUCAACGAGGUAGAUUCAGGGGCUUGAAGCUGAAAUUGCAGCGAUUAAAGAAGAAUACCCGAUAGAUUGGGAGCGGGCAAACACCUUAGAGAUGAAUUUGGCGCUUAAAUGGGCGGAGGAGGAGCUAUAUUAGCGCCAAAAAUAACGUGUUCGAUGUUUGAAGGAAGGCGAUCAGAAUUCCUCGUACUUCCACACAGUCACACGAUCGAGACGGAGGCGGAAUUUUGUGGACUAGCUUAGGACGAAUGCGGGAGAUUGGGUGGUGGAAGAGCCUGCUAAGGCGGAUUUGGCAGUCGACUUCUAUGCCCAUCUGUCUACGUCUGAGAUGAGUGAUGAUGGUGUUUGGAAAAUGGUUAAUGCCCUACCCAUAGAGCAAAGGGUUACAUCGGAGAUGAACACCACCCUGGUAGCUUAUGAGACUACAAUGGAGAUAAGAAGUACAGUCUUUGUCAUGGGAUAGACGCAUGCCCCGUGGUGAGAUGAGUUUACGGGAAAGUUCUUUAAAACAUUUUAGGAUAUAGUAGGCUCUUCGGUGGUUGAAGCUAUACAUCCUUUCUUUGUGAAUGGGCGUAUUUUACGAAGCUUUAAGCAUACUUGGCUUGCUCUUAUCCCAAAAGUGGAGCAGGUGGAGACCAUGAGACAGCUGCGACCGAUCAUCUUGUGCCAGUUUGUGUACAAGAUCAUUUCAAAGAUUAUGGCGGAAUGUAUGGCAAUUUUUUUGCCAUCGCGGGUGGUGCACUUGUUUUGCUUGUUAUGGAGGAUUUGGAAGGCUAGGAAUGAGGUGGUCUUUGAGGACAAACAGACUCUUCCUGCUUUCCUAAAACUCCAGUUUCAGUUUCAAGUUUAGGAGUGGCUGCAAAUCCCGGAGGGUAGGGUUAGGGUUUCCAGAUUUGGCGAUGUCGGCAGUGUCGAUGGGGGGUAUGGCUGAUGUGGGAGCAGGUGUGAUGAGUGUCACAUGCUCCUUGGAUGGAGCUCUAUGAGUGGGCUCUCACACGACAGUAGGACUAGUUUUGCGGAACAUGGCUGUUUUUGUGGUGGGUACACUAGGAAUGUGGUGGGUACACGAGGAAUGUGGUAUGUUGGUCUUCAAAAUUCGAUGUUGGUGGAAGCCUUGGCCCUACGGGAUGCAAUCCAUUGGUGCCAGAAUAAGGGAUUUGAUAUGGUGCGGAUCGAAGGAGAUGCGAAGGUUGUCAUUGACAAGGUGAAUGUCGGUGUUGUUCGUGAUGAGACGGUUGGUGCCUUGUUGGAAGAAAUUCGUCAUCUCUUGGUGCAUGCACCUGUUUCCGAGUGAGUUUGUUGGUAGGAAGAACAAUAGGAUAGCCCAUAGAGUGGCUAGAAAAGCUCGGUUCUUCUUUCCUACGAGUUGUAAUAGCUUUGAUUUUAGAGCCUGGCUUUGGUCGGAGUCUGAAUCUUUGUAACUUGGUGUUCUUGUUAAUACAAGUGAUCUUUGGUCGUCAUCUCCUGGUGCAUGCACCUGUUUCCGAGUUAGUUGUGUUGGUAGGCAGAACAAUAGGAUAGCCCAUAGAGUGGCUAGAAAAGCUCUGCCCUUCUUUCCUACGAGUUGUAAUAGCUUUAAUUUUAGAGCAUGACUUUGGUCGGAGUCUGAAUCUUUGUAACUUGGUGUUCUUGUUAAUACAAGUGAUAUUUUCGUAAAAAAAAAAGAUAAAAUAUAAUAUAAUUUUAAAAAAGAAGGAAUAAGAUAUAAUGCACAAAUCACUACAAAACCUCAUCAAACACCAUCUUUUCCUUCUCUCAUCUAAUGGUCAAGAUUAUUUUGUAACAAAAGAAAAAAGAGAUGGGUCUAGAGGUGAGACAAGACAACUGACUAGACAAAGAACAUAUUAAUUAUGUUCUACACAAUGAUAUCCAUUUUGCUAUAUUUUGAGCAAAGAAAAAAUUAACUCUUGCAAAAAAAUGUCUAUUCUGAUAUAUCGAUAAGGGCAAGAGAAGCAGAAGUGCAGUUGGAGCUAUUGCAGAGAAAUGUUAUGUUUGAUCCUAUACAGUCCAAUUCUUAGGAUGUGUUGGAUCAUGAGGGGGUGUGUCGGGAGUUGCGGAGUGUUGAGAAGUCUUUUUACAGGCAAAAGUGGAGGAUUCAUGGAUCACACAAGGUGAUGCUAAUACAAAGUUCUUUCAUAGGCAAACUAUCCAGAAGCUUAUCUCUGCAGAUGGUGAAGUGGUUACUGGAGUAAAGGAGAUGGGAAAGUUUGCAGUAGAUUUUUACAAAGGGCUCUUAGGGAAAGUUGAUAAAAAUGUUCAACAAUUCUCAACUGAGUUUUUGCAGAGUUGUUGAUUAGUAAGUUGGAAGUUGAUACAGUAUGCUUGACUGCACCUCUUACUAGAAAGGAAAUUAGAAAAGUCUUCUUCGGUAUGGGGAACGAUAAGGCCCCAAGACCUAAUGGAUAUGUUGCAGAGUUUUUUCAAGCUUGACUGGAGAUUAUUGGUGCUAAUGUGGAGAAUAUUGUUCUCGAUUUUUUCAAAUAUAGAAUCAUGCCCAAGCAGGUAAAUUCUAGAGCCAUCUCUCUCAUUCCUAAGCUUUCCAUUGUUGAAAGGAUAAAAGAUUUUCGCCCUAUAUAAUGUUGUAAUGUGAUUUAUAAGGCCAUUUUCUAGCUGCUCUCAAAUAGGUUGUCACUGGUUUUGCCAAAACUAAUUGGAAGAAGUUAAUAUGCUUUCAUGAAGGGUAGGUUAAAUAGAGAUAAUAUUUUAAUGGCUACCGAAUUAGAUAAGGACUACUAUAAAAACAAAAUCUCUCUUAGGUGUGCUCUCAAGAUUGAAUGAAAGUCUUUGACUUAGUUGAUUGUAAGUUUCUUUUCAAGGUUGUGAAUGUUGUGGGCAGUGCCAUUUAUCUAUGUUAGGUUGAUUGAAGCAUGUUUUACGUCUCCUAUGCUAAGUGUUUCUUUUAAUGGAGGACUGUGUGAGUACUUCCCAGCUGCCAAGGGAUUGAGGCAAGGGAAUUCGUUAUCCUUUGGGUAAGUUACCUGUUCGAUAUUUUGAGGUGUCGCUUCUGUCAUGUAAAUUGACUUAUGGCAAGGUUGUCAAACCGGUUUAUGUCUGUGCGCUGGUUUUGCAAGUGGAAUGGUUCUACCGUGGUACAACCAGUUCAUGUGCCGGUUAUGCCGGUUUUAACGAAAUUUAUGAAUAUAAAUAUAAAUAACCUAUUUAGAAAAAUAUUACUGGAAUAUACAUCCAUAUUUAAACAAAAGCCAACAUAAUUCAACCCUCUAAUCUUCCCUAAAUCUAACAUUGCUUUGAUUCUCCAGCAGCUCCUCUCUUUUAAUCUCUCUUUUGUUUUUGAAGUUUGGGUGCUCCUGUAAAAAUGAAAAAUGAUGGUCGUGUGUUUGGCAAGGGUAAAGAAAAGAAGAAACCUGAUAUUUUAACAAAACUAUAAAAGUUUAGCUGGGUGGGGCCGAACACUACUGCUUUAAUUUGAACAAAACAAACAGCUACAGUUGAAAGUUCCAGAAUUAGGAAUUCUGGUUGGACCACUGGAAUUUCCGAUAUUGACCAGUUUUGACCGGCUUUGACCAGUAUUGACCAGAGUAUUAUACCGGUUGCAUUCUAGUUGGUUUCAUGACUGGUACCGGUUCUACCAGGUUCAACCGGCCGGCAUGCCACUGGCAUGACAACCAUGACUUAUGGUGAUUGUGAGUAUCUGGUUGACAAAUUAAAAAAUGGAUAAGUACAUGGCUGGCUAGGUCACUGAGUUAUGCAAGGAAAUUGCAGUUAUCACAAGUUUAUUCUGGUAUUGGAUGUGAGUUUAUUUGCUCCCAAUAAAGGUUCUUAAAUUGAUUGAGGAAGCUGGUAAUAAGUUUUUGUGGGGUGUGGAUGGUGAUAACAGGAAGAAAUCCCAUGUUGCUUGGUCAAAACUUGCAUUUUUACGACAUGAAGGGGGUUUGGGAAUUCAAGAUUUCAAGACUUGGAAGACUUGGAAUAAGGCUUGUGUGAUCAGAAACUUGUGGAAUUUGUUAGCUGAAGCUAGGUCGUUGUGGGUGGCAUGGAUGCAAAGGUAUCAUGUUAAAGGAAAAAACAUCUGGUCUCUUCCUGUCAGUACAUUGGUUUGGAAGAAUAAAAAUAUAGAGUGCGUCACAACAACACAUUAUUGGUUUAGGAGAUAUAUUAGCUUAGGAUGGUGCAAUCAUUGCUAAGUUCUCGGUUAAAAUUGUAUGGGCAUCAACCAAAUUUCCUUCUCCCACUGUUACAUGGUAUCACUAUGUUUGGGGCAAACUAGUCAAUCUUAAGCAUAGUGCGGUGAUGUGGUUGAUCAUCUUAGAUAGAAUAAAAAUAAAGGACAAGUUGUCUGGAUGGAGUUAUCCAUUGUGAUACAUGUUGUAUGCUUUGUCCUGGGGGUAUUGAGAGUAGAGAUCACUUGUUUAGGAGAUGUUCUUUUCGUAAUGCGGUUUUGAAGAGAGUGAUGCAUAAUGUUUGUGUUUGCCCUAAGUUUGCAGAUUGGCAGUCGCAGUUGGCAUGGGCUGAGUAGCACUGGGUGCAACCUAGUGAUGCAGCUGCACUUGGAAGGCUUUUGUGGAUUAUGGGGUUUAGAUUUGUUUGAAGAUAAAGAUGCGCUAGAUUUUAUGGCACCUCGACUGCCCUUUCCCUAGAUCAAGUCUUGUUAAAGCUAAUGAACGAGUUCUCUAUUUUUUGCUCGCAACCAUUUGUCAUUCCAGUUGAAAGUACAUAAAGUAUUAGGGACUUUAUUAUAAUACUACUUGUCUUUCUAUUCUAUAGCAGUUUGAUGAUUGUAAUCGCAUAGUUGACAUUUUGAGAGGGAGUUUUGCGAGUUGCACUCCCCAGACUUCAAUACAGUUUUUUAUUAACCAUAAAAAGUUAACUCUUUAAAACAUGUAUUGGUUGUAGUAUUAUCACUGUCAUAUCUAUAAUAUCAUCAUGAUAUGACAAUGAUAUGAUGACUCAUCUCCUUCGUUUCUACUCAAAAUUAGGGGGAAAUGUAUAGAAAGACCGAUUCAUUAAGAUUUACACAGUAAUAUACAUUUUGUUAUGUUUUGUCAAACAUAAGAUCUCAUAUCAACAUCAUAUCACUGUCAUAUCAUUAUAAUAUCAUAAUAUGACACUGAUUUAUGAUAUCAUCACAUUAUUUUCUCAAACAUAAGAACUCAUACCAACACCAUAUCACUAUUGACUCAAACCUAACUACAGAAUUCCUAAUCAAUGGCCAAGUAUAACCAACGACCGAGUGCAAAAUAAGGCAAGUGUUUAAUAAUUAACUUGAGGUAGUCUAUGUACCCCUACUUCAAUCGUUUAAAUAAUAUCUAGCACACAGUUUAUGGUGAAAUCUAAGAAACUACAGUUGAAAGCAAACAAGCAAAGUAAAUUGUGGCGGAUUCUAUUUGAGAAGGCUUCAAUCGGAUAUUGUUCCCCCUAGUAUCGUGUCAAGCUCUGUGAAUGGAACUCUAAUGUGCAAGUGUGAUUAGAUAGAGAGACCCCUACUUUAUUCGAGUCUACACCAUCGUCGAGUCACCCUUGUAUUUGGAAGCUCCCAUCAUAUCGUUUGAGCUUAAUUGAGGUUCCCCAUAGGGCUGAAAAUUACCCUGACCCGCCCUUGACCCUGCCCAUGUUUCCUUCUUGACCCUGUCUGACCCUCAAGGGUCGGGUUGGGUUGGGUCAUUGGGUCGACUUUUAUUAACACACUGAUUUUUUACAAAUUACGUUUUGGUACCUAAAAUUAAUUUUUUUACAAUUUAGUACCUAUACUUUUAAAAUUUUACAAACAAAUUCAAUGUGUUACCAUGUGGAAUUUCAUAUCACUAGUUGUAGCUAAGGGUCACAGGUCAAAAAGUGACCCGAUCCUAAGCUGACUCAACCCUACCCGACCGUUAAAGGGUCAAAAGAUGACCCAGCCCUAAACUGACGCUAUAGACAAACUUACCCAGCCCGACCCUUAGGGUCAGGGUGGGUUAGUGGGUUUUUAGGUUCAAGCUUAUAACCCUACACAUGAGUGAUUUAUGCAUGGUUUUGCUAAGAAUGAAAAAGUUAGUGUUGGAGGAAGUACUUAAAAGUGAGCAUUGUUCAUUAAGUUCAAGAAUGUUGCAUGUGUUUGUAGUUCUUUACUAGCCCUCACGAAGUGGUAAAGAAAAGAAAACAAAAAGAAAGAAAUAAAUAAAGAGGGUUAGGAUGAAAAGAGAGCCGCCAGAAAAAGUCGUUUAUGCUCUAAACAUGUGUUUCUUAGCAGUCAAGCUUAGAAACACGUACAUGAUUGUUUACCUCCUUCACUCUUGUGCUUGAAAUGUUUGAUAGCAAUUGUAGCAAGAAAGUUUGUUGUGAAUGGUUUAGUGAUUGGUUAUGGUUUAGAAUUGAGAGAAGUAUAUUUUUCGGCCGUGUUAGUGGUCAUUGUUUGUGGAGGAAGGUUCUAGAUCAAAACUAUGGAACCUUGUACUUUGAUUCUAGGUUGAAGUUUUGCAAACCUCAUGCUAUAUAUGCCACCACCCAAAAAUCCUUUUCCCAUGUCCUAGACCCUAGCUAGUCAUUUGAACCCGUGUCUAAGACCUCCGAACAAGCUAGUGGUGAAAACCGUCUUGUGAAAUAUAUAAUUUAGAGGCUACCGUCAUGGUGAAGAGACGAUAGAGCUGAGCAUUUGAGUAUGCUCAUAUUUUGCAUCAAAAUGGUCCUAACCCCACGGGUAGAGAGUGAUUUUUUCAUUCCUCAUGCUUUGUUCUUAUUAUGUAUCCCAGUGAGGACCUAGUUUGCUCGAUCAUUUGUUCUAAUGACUUGAUCUCGAUGCAUGAAUGAAUGUGAUUGGUGAGUCUUUUAGACAGGUUAUGUAUUGGUUUGUGAGCAAUGUGAGGACUUUUCCUUUACACGGUUCUAUUGCAUUCGAAUGUCAUUUGUGGUGUGCCCUAUGACAUGUCCCAAAGUUUUUCAAGAAAGAAGUUGUAAGCUUACCUUGUUUUGUACUUGGUUUGCUUGGAUACAAGCAAACGUUCAAGUGUGGGGGCAUGAUUCGGGCAUAAUUACACAUAUUUUACCCUUUAUUUAUUGAUUGUUUGGUUUGGAAAUCAUCAUCCCCCGACCUAUUCUACGCUAGGUUGUGCUUCUUUUGUUAUAUUUCAGUUCCUAGUACGUGUGGGAAGGUCGAGGCCGAGUUUCGGGUAGAUUGGAGUUCGAAAAAGUGCCAAAAAGUGAAGAAAAGGCUAAGGAUCAUAGUUUGGGGGUGAUUAUCACGGCCUACGGGCCGUGACAAUUGCAAAGAUCUAGAAGAGUUUGCACGUCUCGCGGGCAACGACAGAUGUCACGGUCACCAAACCGUGACAAUGUCCAGCUGACCGUAAUAUUGGACAAAAACGGCAGUAAACGCCUGUGCUUUUGGAUGAGAUCAUGGCAGGGCUGCCAAUGUCACCCCCGUGACAUAUGACCUUGACAUUAGCCCUCUGGCUGUAUAAAAAGAAAGCAGUGGGGAGAAAGAAAGGAAAGCUGGUUUUUGGGAGAAGAACUUGGUUCUCUCUCUAGAGUUUCGACCCAAAACACCAAAGAAAGUUUUUAAGGGAGGGAGGGAGAGAGAGAGAGAGAGAGAGAGAGAGAGAGAGAGUAACCUUGAGUGAUUUUUUAGCUUAAUUGGUGGUUUGGGUUGAUCUUGGAGUCAAGAAUUCAAGCCUAGAAGAUGAAGAUCUUGGGCUAUGUUUGUAAUCUCUCCUCUCUCUAUGAACUACACAUCUUUCUCUUAUUGAUGAACCCUAGAUCUAGAUUUUGGUUUGAAGUUUAUGUAUGUGACAUAUUUUAUAUUUGAUUGAUGAUUUUAUCUAUUUUAUGGAUGGUUUCAUGAAUUGCAUGAUUUUGGAUUCCACUUCGUGUCAAUUGAGCUUUUGACAUAGGAGAGAGAUAAUCCUGUUAGAUCCCAUUAUUGGUGUCUUAGGGUCACUCCUACCAUAUGUCGUUCCGGAUAAUCCCCGAGGGAGAUUCGAACGACCUCCUAAUGAUAUAUGAAUCCCUAGGUUCAAUAGAGCACUACUCAUCCACCCAUCCAUCACUUAGUACAAAUAUAAGUUAUCAAUCUAUUAAAAAUAAAGUUUUGUUAGUAACCAAAAUCAUAAGUGAACUUUUAGGCUUUUAUGCUAUCAUAAAUCCUAAAUCCUAAAAAUACUAUAUGGAGGUUCUCAUUAGAAAUCCCAUUAGCUUCAAGUUUCCAGCCUCCUGCGCAUAGCACGGAGGGGCCAUUAGGUGAUUUUCUUACUUUAAUUAUUAUGGGUAAUGGGCAAUAGCAUAAAAGCUUUAAUUUACAACUGAGGGUUCCAUUUGUCUUUUUUUUUUAAUUCAUUUGGGCCUUAGAUAUCACAGAAAACAUUAAUUAAUAUAUGGGUAAUUAACAUGGGUAAUGGGCCUUAGAGAUCACAAACGCAGCUGCUGCUGUUUUUGGUACCAGAUCUUUUGAAAAAUCGUGAAUCAAAUUGUUAUUGGUUCAAAUUUUUGUGUGGUUGACUAAACAAAUUGUUCAUUAUUUGGUCAUUAUUGGGUGUAAUUUGUGCUUGAAAUUUUCAACAUAGGCCUUUAAUAGAUUCAACAAAUAUUCAAUAAUCACUUAUUAAAAUAUAUCAAACCGUUUGAAAAAUUGUGGGUCAAAUUGUCAUUGGUUCAAAUUUUUGUGUGGUUGACUAAACAAAUUGUUCAUUAUUGGUUCAUUAUUAGGUGUGAUUUAUGCUUGAAAUUUUCAACAUAGGCCUUUAAUAGAUUCAACAAAUAGUCAAUAAUCACUAAUUAAAAUGUAUAGAUUUAACAAUAUAGAUCGCUUAUGUAUAUUAUUAAAAAUCAUUGAUAGAGUGUUAAGUAUUUUGAUUGAUAAAUAAGUGUAUACUCUAUCAAGGUCUCUUAAACCUAUAUCAAAGUUACACGCAAAAGACCAUGAGUAUUUAACAGUAGAAUAUUAAAAAAUCAAUUACAAUUGACUCUCACCAAUCUCUAUUUGAACUACAAAACAAGUUUACUAAUGAUAUGACCAUAAAUAAUAACUCUUAUCGAUUUAUAAUCAUUUCAAUUAUUUUGACUUUCGACAUUAUAGAAUUAAUGUUUUUCAAAUUAAAUUUUCAACAAUCGAUUCACGUAAGUUAAAAUUGAAGAUAAUUUAUCAACUAUUGGCAAAAUUAGUAAGAUCGAAACAUUUCUUUCUAUCAGAAAAAAUUCUAAAAAAAAUAUAAAAAAAAGCUUAACGAGACAUGAUUCUUUAAACUUGCAUCUUAAAAUUGCAUGCAUUGUUUAAAAUUUAAUUUGGGUCUACUAUAUAAUAAUAUCGACGAGGCAUGAAGGGAUGGGUACCUUAAUACCCAUACCCACUCCAUACUAAGCGUUGGUCAGGUUGGAUAAUACCCGCUCGGGUGUGGGGUGUGGCAGGUCGACCGACCCACUCUUAUAUGUUAUCUGAAAAAAGAACGUCGAUAUUUAGUUCUUUGACAAUAACACAUAGAAAAAAUAAUUCAUAAAUGGAUGAGAAAUGUAGUAGAAUGAAUAAUUGAGUCUCAAUAGUUGAAAGAUAGUAUAGAGAAUUUCUUUGGGAUGUAAACAUGAUUUUAGAAAGGUCAAAAGAGAAAAAAUACAUGUAGAUAUUGACGUAAAUCAAGAUAGAACGGGUAAAAAACGGGGACGGGGAGGGACAGAUGGUAAGCAAUAUCCAUGCCUCGCAACAAGCUACUGGAGGUCAGAUGAUAUCCGCCCCAAACAAGUUGGGACAGGUCGGGUCACACGGUUCAUAUAAGAUAUUGUCAUCACUACUAAUAUACAAUUUGGGUACCU